AUGAACACAAUUAACCAAAGAAAGAAAACCAUGGGACGCAAGAAAAUCGAAAUCAAGAAAGUCGAAAAAGAAGCCAACAAACAAGUCACAUUCUCGAAACGAAGAUCUGGUUUGUUCAAAAAAGCUUGUGAACUUUGCAUCUUAUGUGAUGUUCAUCUCGACAUCAUUGUGUUUUCGCCUGCCGAUAAAAUAUUUCGGUGCGGUUGCAGUCAACCGAGCACUGACGCGGUCCUCAAAAGUUACAUCCGUGGAACCACGGAGUUUGAAGAUCAGCAGUUGAUGGGAGAUUCUUUGAUCUAUGAAGAGUAUAAUAAGGAGUAUGAAGAGGCAUUAAAGGUCUUGCAAAUGGAAAAGAAGAAACUUGCGGAUAUUGAAAAUUUGGCUAGGGUUUCGAAGAGAGGUGCAUGGUGGAAUGACUCUAUUGAUGAUAUGAAUGGUGAAGAACUUGAAUAUUUUAUGAUGUCGAUUUUUGAGUUAAAGAAGAACUUGCUGAAAAAGAACAUGAACAUCUCAUGA